GUUCUUUAAUAGAGGUCGAUAAUGAAGACUCUAGUCUACAUUCUUUUGUCCGUCUUCUGGCUGACUCUUGCCUUGGCCGAGUUGGAUUCAAGCUCUCGAUUCUUCCAUAACUAUCCUGAUUCCUGCACAUCUGCAAAACCCAAAAAGAAUGGCAUCUAUAAAAUCAAAGUAAAUGGACAACUCAUGUCCGUGUACUGCAAUAUUGGGAUUACUGGAUCUCCCUGGUUGGUAAUUCAGCGUCGUGUGGAUGUCUCCGUUAACUUCUAUAGGAACUGGUCAUCGUAUCAGGAAGGAUUCGGUGACUUGGAUAAGAGCUUCUUUAUUGGACUGAAUAGGCUGAAUACUCUAACGGUAUCACAACCACACGAAUUGUACGUUCAUCUAGAGGACUUUGAAGGUCAAAGCCGUUUUGCCAGAUACGAUCAGUUUGCCAUUGGAAACGAGGCCAAUUUGUAUGGUCUGAAUAUAUUGGGAAACUAUUCAGGUACCGCUGGAGAUGGACUCAGAUAUCAUCAGUAUGCGAAAUUCUCAACAUAUGAUCGCGAUAAUGCCAAUAUAACCAGAAACAGUGCUGUCGAUUAUACUGGUGCCUGGUGGUACAAGACUACCCACUACAGUAAUCUCAAUGGACUUUAUUUCGGUGGUGAGUUUGGAAAUGGUCAAGUCGGCCGUGGCGUAACCUGGUAUCACUGGCGUGGCGAUUACUACAGCUAUAAGACCGUUCACAUGAUGAUACGACCAAUAUAAUGAUCUUGAAAGCACAUGAAUUUUACUAUGUAACUACAUGAAUUAAAUAUUGAAAAAGUGAUCCCAAUAA